AUGACAAAAGUGGAUAUCAAGAAUUACCUUGAAAAAAUAUACAAUGUGCCGGUAGCUGCUGUGAGGACCAGGAUACAGUAUGGUGCAAACAACAAGAGGAAUCACAAGAAUCAGAGAGUGAAGAAGCCAGAUUACAAGGUGGCCUAUGUACAGCUGGGCCAAGGACAAACCUUUCAGUUUCCCAACCUAUUUCCAAAGAAAGAACAAGACGCAGAAACUCGCUCUUUUGAUGACUUCAAGGAUAAAUAUAUGGAGAGAGAGAAGCAGAGGCAGAAAGGUGACCCCAGACGAGGUGGAGUCCCCGAUUGGUUUGGACUUUGACGCAACAAGCCAGCUGCCUUUCUUUAGGCUCAGAGGGAUUUUGAUCAGCAGAAAAAAAAAAUUCUUGUAAUGACUGAAUGUUUAUUCUUGAGCAGCCCUUGCUAGCAUAUCUUUUUCCCUGGCUGUUUGUGCACGACUACAACAAAAUAGCCCUAAAGAAAUAAAAAGAUAAAAUAAA